AUGGCCCCAAAGCACCAAACUCCCCAUACCCACGCCCAAAUUCAUACCCACCCCUACCGCACCCUUCUCACCUCCUUUGCCGCCUGGAAGCUCUUCCUCUUUGCUAUCGUUCUCGGCAGCACUCUCGUGGGCGAUGCCUAUGACACCUCGGGAGGGCUGUUGCUUCAGGGCCCGGCAAAUGGCGACGCGGCCACCCGACCAGCCGGUCUUGGAACCACGCUAAUCGCCCGCCUAACCAGCUGGGAUGCCAUCUAUUAUGUCAGUGCCGCGCGCCGGGACUACGUCUUUGAACAAGAGUGGGCAUUUGGGGCUGGGCUGCCCUUUGUAGUGAGGACGCUGCUUCAAGGACUGGAGUAUGUCGGCAUCAUCGACGCACCCGGGGCCGAAGGAGGAAGAGCCCUCGUCGCCGAAGCCCUGGCCGGCAUUCUCGUCGCCAACACGGCCCACCUGCUCUCGGCCCUGGUACUCUACCGCCUCGGCCAGGUGGUCUGGCGCGACCAGACACUAUCUUUAGUCGCCGCGCUUCUGCACGUCAUCUCCCCGGCCGGCCUGUUCCUAUCAGCCCCUUACUCGGAGAGCUCCUUCGCGCUGCUAUCCUUCUCGGGCUACCUACUCUUCGCCCUCGGCUGCCGCGCCGAGGGCAGCAGCAAUAGCAAUAACAGCCCCACCCGCCGCGACCUCUACACCAUCUCGGCGGGCGUGCUCUUCGGCGCCGCCACCGUCUUCCGCAGCAACGGGCUCCUCAACGGCGCCCCCUUCGCGUUGGAAGUGCUGCGGCACCUGCCGGCGUUCGUUCGCCGGCCCACCGCCAUCGACACGCUGCGUCGGCUGGCAGCGCUUGGCGUGGGUGGAGCGGCGGUGGCGGCGGGCUCGCUGGGCCCGCAGGCCGCGGCGUAUCUGCGGUACUGCAUCCCCUCCUCCUCCUCCGGCGCAUCCGACGGGGAGGAGAACCUGCUGCUGCCCAGGCCGUGGUGCCAGGGAUACCUGCCGAGCAUUUUCACCUUCGUGCAGCAGCACUAUUGGAACGUUGGUUUCCUCCGCUACUGGACGCUGCCCAACCUGCCGCUAUUCCUGCUCGCUACUCCGAUGCUCGUGAUUCUGGUCAAGUCCGGGGUGGAUUCGCUUCGCGGUCGGCAUCUUCCCGGCGAUGCCAAGGCCGUCGACGGGGAGUCGGGGCGAUUGUUGGCCCUCAUCCGGUCCACCGCCGCCGCCCAAGUGCUGCUGGCCGUGCUCGCGGCGACAACCUACCACGUGCAGAUCAUCACCAGGAUCUCCUCCGGGUACCCGGUGUGGCACUGGUGGCUCGCGGGGCGCCUCGUCCAGGGUGACAAAACCGGCAGCCGCAUCGUCAUGUUCAUGGUGAUUUACGCGUCCAUCCAAGGCGCGCUGUUUGCGUCGUUUCUUCCGCCAGCAUAG